UUUGUUUUUUUGUUUUUUUUUUUUUUUUUAAUUCUAAAACCCAUUUAGGGUUUAACUAAAAAAACAAGACACUGCACAACUUUUAGUUCUUAGCCUCCACCCUCUCCACUUCUCCACCGCCCAGCCCCUGCCCCCACUCCACCGCCCAUUACCCCCAAAAUCAUCGGCCUUUUCGUCCUCGUUACCCCGAAGGCCCCACCACCAUCCAACUCCGGCAGCCACCCUCACUCUCUCAGCUUGCAGUUUCGAAGACCGAGUUUUUUCAAUUAAUCAGCAGAUGGCUCGUUUUCGUAAUAAAAAGAAGGUGGCGUUUGUGAAGCCUGCAAAGAAGCAACCUCCGCAGAAUGUGGAUCAUGUUACGGGUGACAAGAUACCGAGGAGCUUUGUUUUUUCACGCUUGAAAUUACCUGCUACGCUUAAACAGUUGCAAGCGGACCUGAGAAAAGUGAUGCUUCCGUAUACGGCUUUGAACCUAAAGGAGAAGAAACGCAACAACCUUAAAGAUUUCUUGAACGUUGCGGGGCCCAUGGGAGUUACACAUUUUCUCAUGUUGUCAAAAACAGGCACUUCACCGUACUUGAGAGUUGCAAGAACACCGCAAGGCCCCACUCUUACGUUCAAAAUUCAGGAAUACUCGUUGGCGGUUGAUAUCGCUAACUCCCAGUUACGCCCACGAGUACCGAAAGAUCUCUUCAAAAACUCUCCUUUGAUUGUGCUGUCGGGUUUCGGAACCGGGGAGCAACACUUGAAGUUGACUACCAUUAUGUUUCAAAACAUAUUCCCUGCCAUUGACAUCAACACGGUUAAACUUUCGUCAUGCCAGAGAAUCGUGUUACUUAAUUACAACAAGGAGACUAAACUUAUCGAUUUUCGACAUUAUUCUAUUAGAUUGCAGCCCGUUGGUGUUUCUCGUAGAAUUAGAAAAUUUGUUCAAAACCAUAAAGUGCCCGAUCUCAGCAGCCUUCAAGAUGUCAGUGACUUUAUCACAAAGGCUGGUUACGGAUCGGAAAGUGAGGGGGAUGAGGAAGCGGCAACUGUAAGCUUAGCAAGUGAUGUCGGGAGAGUUAACAAGGCAUCUACCAAAAGUGCUGUGAAGCUUCAAGAGAUUGGACCUAGGAUGACUCUCGAUCUUAUCAAGAUUGAGGAUGGCUUAUGCAGCGGCACAGUAAUUUUCGGAAAUAGGUGGGUAGAAGGACCAUGGUGAAGAAGAAUCUAAAGGAAGUGAAGAUGAUAUUGCAGAAUAGUAAGUUAUGUAAAACACAAAACCGUCAUGAAAACGUUAAGCUUGUGUUCGGUUAGGUGUUUCGGAAUCUUUGAGAACGCGUUUUGAUGACUACAAUGUUUUUUAAAAAUCAUUUUUUCUUUUUAAAUUA